GGCAUCACCUGACCCCGCUCUGUGCUCAGGGCGUUCUGGGUGGGUUUGGAGGGAGGGUUGAGCUAAAGAAGAGGGGGCGGAGCUUAUGUUGGGGGGAAGGGGGCGGAGCCACCCAAAAGCCCCGCCCACCCGCAGGUGUACGGCCCCGGCCCGGUGGUCCCCGCCCCCCCCCCCGGGUUCCCCCCCCCACGACUAUCUGCCCAUCGCUGUGCUCACCACCCUCUGCUGCUUCUGGCCCACCGGCGUCGUCGCCAUCGUCAAGGCCGUGCAGGUGCGCACGGCGGUGGCGCGGGGGGACCUGGCGCAGGCGGAGGUGGCCUCGCGGGAGGCGCGGAACUUCGCCUUCAUCUCGCUGGCCGUGGGCGUCGCCGCCACCGUGCUCUGCACCAUCCUCACCGUCGUCAUCCUCAUCGCCGCGCAGCACCACGACAACGACUGGGACCCAUAGUCGCCAUGGCAACCGGCGCCGUGGCAACCGCCCCCCACGGCAACCCCGGAGCAACCAGGGAUGCAGUCGCCAUAGGGCUUGGCUCCGCCCACCCCGCUGUCACCAUGGUAACGCCAAGCCCCGCCCACCGGGAUGCUCCGCCCACUGCCUUGUCAUACCUUCGUCUCAUUUGCAUGCCAAGCUCCUCCCCCUUCCGGUCAUGUGAUGGAACCGAUGGACCAAUAAAAUCUCAGUGUUGGUAA